AUGGUAGUCACAAAAGUAAGAUUCCUGGCCAUCUGGUGGCCCCUGAAAUGUCAAAUCACCAAGCGGCGAGCGAGAAUGAUGAUUGUCUUCAUCUGGAUCUUCGCCAUCAGCGUCACCACGCCCUGGGUCUUCUUCUUCGACCUGGUUGUGGUCUUCGACGACAACCCACAUGUUCGGCUUUGCCUUGAUGUCUGGCCAAACCCCAUCAGUGAGGUUCUCUACUUUGUUAUUGGGAAUCUCAUUUUCUGCUACAUCCUCCCCAUGGUUCUCAUAACUAUGUGCUACAUCCUCAUUUGGAUCAAGGUUUGGAGAAGAUCAAUCCCAACUGACACCCAAGAUGCUCAGAUGGAAAGAAUGCAGCAAAAAUCCAAAGUCAAAGUCGUUAAGAUGCUGGUCGCUGUUGUCAUACUUUUCGUCUUGUCUUGGUUCCCACUGUACCUUAUCUUCGCAAGGAUUAAGCUUGGAGGACCUAUACAAAAAUGGGAGGAAGAAAUGUUCCCUGUUGUAACACCUCUGGCCCAAUGGCUAGGCGCUUCAAAUUCUUGCAUAAAUCCAAUAUUAUAUGCAUUUUUCAACAAGAAGUACAGAAAGGGUUUUGUAGCUAUAAUUAAGAGUAGGAAAUGCUGUGGAAGGUUACGCUACUAUGAGACCAUCGCUCUGCAAUCAUCGAGUACUUCAACGAGGAAGUCUUGGCAUUACAACAAUAACAACCAUCCGUCAAUCACUCGGCGAUCACCUCCCGUCGAUAAGAACGCAGUGUCGUUUAUCUUCAACCACACGGGAGUGUAA